CUUCUCUCUUUUACAGGCAUUAAUACAGCGAUUUCGUGGAAAAAUCAAUCAUAAAAUCAACGUAAACAAAUACUUUUUUAAGCUACAGCUUGGAUUCACUGGACAACUGGCUGUUGGUUGGUUGGCACGGUCGUAAAAAAAAACUAUCUACAGUUCAGUGAGCAUUUAUUUUGUGAUUUUAUAGCUCCGGCUAAGAUACGAGCUCAGUGAUUAGAAAUAAGUCUUUACAGACAGACGUCUCUCAUUAAAACGUAAACGCGAAGCCUCCGCCACUAUGCCGCAUACAGGUCAAGCUGGUGUUAAUCAGUUGGGUGGAGUUUUUGUAAAUGGACGUCCAUUGCCGGAUUGUGUUCGUCGACGCAUUGUGGAACUGGCGUUAUGUGGUGUUAGACCUUGUGAUAUAUCACGCCAACUAUUGGUAUCCCAUGGCUGUGUUUCAAAAAUUCUUACACGUUUUUAUGAAACGGGUUCAAUACGUCCAGGGUCCAUAGGAGGCAGUAAAACAAAGCAAGUGGCCACCCCUACAGUUGUGAAGAAAAUAAUACGUUUGAAGGAGGAAAACAGCGGUUUGUUUGCCUGGGAGAUACGUGAACAGUUACAGCAGCAACGUAUAUGCGAUCCCAGCUCGGUGCCCUCAAUAAGUUCCAUUAAUCGCAUAUUACGCAAUAGUGGUUUAUGGACUGAUGAAAUGACUUCAAACCAACAAAAUGCAGCUGCAGUAGCGGCAGCCUCUGGUGGACAUCAUGUAGGAACAGCACCAUAUAAUGCGCCUAAUCAAUUGUAUGCUAAUGCAACCAACUCCUCCAGUGCAACCAGUUCAACAUCGGAUCCCGCAACAUACACACAUAAUAGGUCUUCUCAUUCUCAACCACCAAUUGGCCUACCGAAUGCUUAUCGAUAUGGUGAAGGUUCUAAUGUAGUAUCUGGCACCAAUUCACUACCAACAGUAGCAGCAGCCGAUCAUCCUAUUAAACCUUCACCAAAACACCCCUUAAAUGUACUGGCCACCACUAGUUCUAGCCCACCGUCGCUUACGACUCAAUUAACUGCACAAGAUUUAUCGUAUUCGGCAGCUUUACAGAAGCAUUGGUUUUGGAAUCCAUCCCUGCUCUACUAUACACAACAUGUCCAAGCCGCUAGUCAAUUCUUGCCCUAUGCCGCUCAUACUCAGCAUCCACCAAAUACAUAUUUUCCUUCUUCACUGCAUGGCUCUAGCAGUGGAGGUUACACCAAAUCGGAAAGUUCAAUUGACUUGACUACACCGUCAGCGGGGGAUACUCUAAGUGAUUGUGAUUCUGGAAAAUCCUCCCCGGCUACCAUAAACCUAAGCACAUCCUCAACGCGUAAACGCAAUCCCUAUUCCAUUGAAGAGCUCCUCAAGAAACCAGAGAAGCGUAUGCGCCUAAAUGCAUCAUUAGACCAGAAUGAUCUGAAAUUAAAUAGUUCCCUUAAUUUAAGUCCCAAAAAAGAGGACUGCAACAUUAGUGUGUGUUCGGCUAGUAGCAGCAGCAAUCACAGCAGUACCGGCAGCCACAUCAGUUGUGUGGGCGAGGACAGUUGUGACGAUGAUCGCCGUUGCUCGCCAACACUUAAUGUGGCAUCAGCUGAAACGGAAGAUAACUGUGAACCUGUCGAGGUGGUCAAUUAAAGCGUCAUUAU